AUGAGAAGCCAGAGUGUGCUCGUGGCUGCAGCUCUGCUGGCCCUCUGUUGCCUGCUGACCCCCAGACAAGGGGAGAGCGCUGGGGGGAUUGUCUCCCGGUUGCAGAGUAAAGGAGAUGAGCGAGAAGGGGAUCUACAACUGGAUGAGCCUCAAAGUCAUGCAGGCCAUGCGGAGAUCAUCAGCAGUGAGGCCACAUUGGAGACAGAUCGCUUUGGCAGAGUGAAGCGAGCGCCGCAGGAAGGCAAAAAGAAGAAAAAGGACAAGAAGAAGAACAAAGAACCUAAAGACCCGAAUGCCACCAGGAAACCCAAAAGUGACAAAAAGGGUAGAAAGAAGGACAGACAAACAACAACUACAACCCUUCCACCCACCACAACUGCUAUACCGACCGAACCACCCACAGAACCUGAGCCUUACACAGAUUAUGCUUACCCCGACAAUGACAAUGACUACUGGAAGGGAUUGGAUGACUACUGGGAAGAUCCCACUACAGCCAGACCCGGAUCAGAGGUCACAGAUCUUCCAUACGACUACUGGAAGCCAGAAGAGGAAGAUCCAAUCGCUCCAGAGUCAGAGGAUGAUUUUGACUGGGACCCCAUUAAGAAAGAUCCAUCAACUCCAGUGACUGACACAGAUGAAGAGUACUGGAAACCGGAAGAGAAAGAUCCAUAUAAUCCAGUGAAAAACACAGACGAUGAUUACCGGAAACCCAAAGGGAAUGAUCCAUUACCCCCAGUGACUGACCCUGAAGCAGAAACCUGGGGAACAGACGAUGAAGACCCAUAUAAUCCGGUGACGGACAUUGACGAAGAUUACUGGAAUCCAGAUGGUAAAAAACCGUCACCUCCAGUUACCGACCCUGAAGAAGAAUACUGGAAACCAGAAGAGAAAGACCCAUAUGCUCCAAUAACAGACAAAGAUGAAGACUACUGGAAACCAGACGAAAAGGAGUUGCCUCCAACAGAGGUCACUGACUAUGAAAUCUACUGGAAGGAGGUAGAUCCAACUCCUCCUAUUCCUAAGAUUGAUGAGAAGACUAGGACAGAUGAUGGUGAUUACUGGGAUUCCACAUUUGAGGUGCCAGAGAAAGCUCCGCUUCCAGAUGGCCAAGAAGUCAGCCCCGAGAUCAAAGUAGAAACGCUCCCAGAGGAGACGACAAAUACUCCGCCCUACGAGGAGAAUUGGUACGAUGAGUACGACGAAUAUGGAAUGAGGAAAAGGGAAGGUGAAACUGAUGACAAAUGGAUGGAGAAGGAAAGAGAGAGAGCACAAAAAGAAAGGGAGCGGGAACAGAGAGAAAGAGCGAAGAAACUGAAGGAGGCCGAGGAGCGUGCCAGGAACAGACCACGUGUCUACAAAGAACCAAAGAAAUGUCCUCCCUUGGGGAUGGAGUCCCAUCGGAUCGAGCCAGAUCAGCUUUCCGCCUCCUCUAUGUCUCAGUAUGAUUUCGCACCUCAGAGAGCACGCCUCAACAUGCAGGGAUCUGAUGAUGAAGAUAACCCUCGAGGCGGAGCGUGGUGUGCAAACUCGGAGGACAAAGUUCACUGGUUUGAGGUUGACGCUCGCAGUGAGACCGAGUUCACGGGAGUCAUAACUCAGGGUCGAGACUCGCAGAAUGAGAGUGACUUUGUGACAUCAUACUUCCUGGCUUUCAGCAAUGACAGUAGGGAAUGGACUCCCAUCCAUGACGGUUAUGCUGACUGGCUGUUUUUUGGAAAUAGUGAUAGAGAUACUCCAGUCUUGAACCAGCUAGCGGAGCCAGUAGUGGCCCGCUACAUCAGAAUCAUCCCGCAAAGCUGGAAUGGCACUCUAUGUAUGAGACUGGAGAUUCUAGGCUGUCCAUUGCCUGAUCCAGAUGCAGUCCACUACAGGCAAAAUGAAGUGACUCCAGUUGAUUACCUGAAGUUUAAGCAUCACAGCUACUCAGAAAUGGUUUCACUUAUGAAGUCAGUGCAUGAUGAAUGUCCAAACAUCACCAACAUCUACAGUCUGGGCCGCAGCUCCAAGGGAUUGGACAUGAUGGCUAUGGUGAUCUCUGGCAAUCCUACAGAGCAUGAAAUAGGUGAGCCGGAGAUUCGUUACACAGCCGGUCUGCACGGUAACGAGGCAGUAGGCCGGGAAAUGAUCCUGCUUCUCAUGCAGUACCUGUGCAAGGAAUAUAGAGACAGAAACCCACGAGCGCAGAGGCUGGUGGAUGGAAUACGCAUCCACUUGGUGCCGUCACUCAACCCUGACGGACAUGAAGAAGCCUUUCAAGCCGGUUCGGAGCUGAGCGGAUGGCGCACCGGCCAUUUUACAAACGAUGGCUUUGAUAUUUUCCAGAACUUUCCAGAUCUAAACAGGAUCCUGUGGGAUGCAGAAGAGAGAGGCAUGGUGCCCAAACUGUUCCCCAACCACCAUGUUCCCAUACCUGACAACCUAUUGCAUAACAGCUCUAUUGCUACAGAAACCAGAGCCAUCAUCUCUUGGAUGGAAAGGUAUCCAUUUGUGUUAGGGGCAAACUUUCAGGGUGGCGAGUCAUUUGUGGCCUACCCUUACGACAACGUACGUCCCAACAAGCCUGCCGAGGACAUACCCCAUAGCCGCAAAAAGAGACAGUAUGAGGAAGAGACCUUCGACGUGACAGAGUGGGGUCGCGGAUACCGGGAGGAACCAGAUCAAGACUGGAGUGACAGAGGCUAUCCAGAGCGUGAGGAGUGGAGAGGGCAAGGCUACGACCAGGGGCAUGGCUAUGACCAUGGUCAUGGCUACGAUGGAGGACAUGGAUACGACCAGGGACACGGCUAUGACCACGGACAUGGCUACGACCACGGUUAUGACCACGGCCAAGGUUAUGACCACGGCUACGAUCCCAGCUACCACCAAGGUUACGGCCACAGGGAAGAAGAGGAUGAAAGGGAGAGGAGCGGUGGCUACCAUUACGCUGAGCCUGAGGAGUUACGAGAGAUUGCAGAUGAAUCCCUCUUCAGGUGGUUAGCAGUGUCCUAUGCAUCCACACAUCUCACCAUGACACACAACUACCAUGGUUCUUGCCAUGGGGACGUCACUGCAGGGGCGCACGGCAUCAUCAACAGAGCCAAAUGGAAGCCAAUAACCGGAAGCAUGAAUGACUUUAGCUACUUGCAUACCAACUGCUUGGAGCUGUCCAUUUUCCUGGGAUGUGAUAAAUUUCCUCAUGAGAGUGAGCUACAGCGAGAAUGGCAGAAGAACCGAGAAGCCAUGCUAAUCUUCAUGGAGCAGGUUCAUCGUGGCAUUCGAGGUAUUGUGAAAGAUGAGCAGGGCAACCCGCUUGCCAACGCCACCGUGUCUGUGGAGGGGAUAAACCACGACGUCACCACAACAUCAAGUGGAGAGUACUGGCGACUGCUAAACCCUGGCGAGUACCGUGUAACGGCCAAAGCCGAGGGCUUCACUUCCUUGACCAAUCUUUGUGUGGUGGGCUACCAAGCAGGUGCAACCACUUGCAGCUUUAACUUGGCCAAAUCCAACUGGGACCGCAUCAAACAGAUUUUGGCGCUACAUGGAAACAAGCCGAUCCGCCUGGUCAGCCAUGGCAACACUAUAGUGCAGCCACCAGUUAUCAACAGCAAUGGUCGUGUGGUCAGCGGAAACGGUGUGAGCUCGCAAAAUACACAACUGAGCAAGGAACGGUUGAGGAGACUCAAAAUAGCUCGCAUUCGUCGUCUCCGGCAGAAGAAGUUAUUGCAAUUAAAACCAACGACUACAACAACCACCACCACGACCCUGCCACCGACAACCACCACAAUUCCCACAACGCCAGCAAGCACCACAUCCUGGUACGACUCAUGGUUAAUAGACGAAGGACAAUCAUCAACGCCCGGUGGAUUCACUGACUCCAUGCUGGACUACAAUUAUGAGUACAAGAUUGAUGACUAUUAA